GGUGCCGAGCGCAGUUGGUCCCUCCUCCUCCUUUCUCUCUCACACACACAUUGGUCGGGAGCGAGAUUUACCUCACGCAGCAGCGGCCAUUGCGCUCCCCUCUCUCGCUCUCCCGCUCUAGGUCGUCGCUCUUCUCCUCACAGCUGCCGCCAGAAGGAGAGGGGGACCCUACCGCGGUGUUUCGUUCCCCACCCUCCCUUUCCAGGAGCGGUCCCUGCACCGCCUGACCGAGGAGCUUCCUCCCGCCUCCUCCCAGCCUGCCAGGCCGGAGCCUGCACCCCCUCCCUUCUCCGCUCUCUUCGCCGCUCUUUAUCUCGUCCCCCUCUUUCCAACAUGUCGGCGCCGACGGCCAAACUUAGUAAAAAGGAGGUGAACUCCAACCACGACGGAGCGGAUGAGACCUCAGAAAAGGAGCAGCAGGAAGCAAUUGAGCAUAUUGAUGAAGUACAGAAUGAAAUAGACAGACUGAAUGAACAAGCCAGCGAGGAAAUCUUGAAAGUAGAACAGAAAUACAACAAACUCCGCCAGCCAUUCUUUCAGAAGAGGUCAGAGUUGAUCGCCAAAAUCCCCAAUUUUUGGGUUACAACAUUCGUCAACCACCCACAAGUCUCUGCGCUCUUGGGUGAAGAGGAUGAAGAAGCUCUUCACUAUCUGACCAGGGUGGAAGUGACAGAGUUUGAAGACAUAAAAUCAGGCUACAGAAUAGAUUUUAAUUUUGAUGAAAACCCUUACUUCGAAAACAAAGUCCUCUCUAAAGAGUUCCACUUAAACGAAAGUGGAGACCCUUCCUCAAAGUCCACAGAGAUUAAAUGGAAAGCUGGAAAGGAUUUGACAAAACGUUCCAGCCAAACACAGAACAAAGCCAGCAGAAAGAGGCAGCACGAAGAGCCUGAAAGCUUCUUCACUUGGUUCACAGAUCAUUCGGAUGCUGGCGCUGAUGAGCUAGGAGAGGUCAUAAAGGAUGACAUCUGGCCUAAUCCAUUACAAUACUACCUGGUUCCUGAUAUGGAGGAUGAAGAAGGCGAAGGGGAGGAGGAAGAUGAUGACGAUGAAGAGGAAGAAGGAUUAGAAGAUAUUGAUGAGGAAGGGGAUGAAGAUGAGGUUGAAGGAGAAGAGGAUGAUGAUGAAGACGAAGAGGGAGAAGAAGCGGAGGUAUGAAGAUGAAGGUGAAGAUGAUUAAGAUUGCAAUGUUUGGAUUCCACUUUUUUUUUUUUUUUUUUUUUUUUCUUUUUUUUUUUUAAUCCUGUCCCCGGGAGCAAGAUGCUGUUGUCUUUUUCAAUUUACCCUAUAUUUUGUCCCUCCCCCUUUUUUAUUUUUAUUUUUUUAUUUUAUUUGUGUGUGCUUGGUCGCCUUGUUCUUGGUCUUUUUUUCCCCUCUCCUCUUUAUGCCAUGGUUCAUAACUUUAUUUUUGGGGAGAGGUGAGAACUAAGUAAAAAUACAGUGGCAAUCUCUAAACCUGUUUCUGUUCCCAAGUCAUUCUUCUCCAUUCAAUAAACAAUAUACAUUGUACCAUUCUAUGGUGUAUGGGGGCCUAAGUGCCCCUCAGCCGCCACCACUGGUGGAGGCCGAGGAGCAUCCAGGACCUUGUGAUUAGUGGUCUAGCUUUUUCACUUGAUUGAUUUUUAUUUUUCUUCCUCCUUUCCUGUGUAUCGGGCUCAGAGGUUACACUGUCUCCAUGUGAAUAUGGACAGAUAACAUUUACCAACAUGUAUCGGUCGUUUAUUAUUUUUUUUCUUUAAAAAAUGAAAAAGUACAAAAAAAAAUUAAAGCAAACAAAACUGGGGGAGGGUUAGAUGGUGGGGUGGGUUUUCAGAGACGUCAGGGAGGGGUGGGAGGGCUGGGUCGGGCAUUUUGGAAACAUGGCUUUUUCUCUUUGGCAUGUUUGUGAUGUUUUUGACGACAUCCAUGCAGUUUAAGACACUUCUUUUAAAACGAGCAAAAAUAAAUAAAUCAGGUGGGUCUCUGCUCUGACAACCCUUCAGGGCCUCCCCUUAAAGGACCCUGCAGGCAAAUAUUCGAAACGGACAUGAGUAUACUUCUAAUUUUUUUUUCCCUCUGGAAAGAUAAAUGCUCAGUUUUAAACAUUAAAGUGUACAAGUUGCUUUGUUACAAUAAAACUAAAUGUGUACACAAA